CUUUUCUCUCUCUACAGUGAUUGUUCCACUAACAAGACCUCACACUGGCAAAGACCAUGGCCACAACCCCUCUAUCUGGUCAUCUCCUAUUGGUGGUGUUCCAGCUGGCUGUGCUACACAACGUCCACGGAGGGGCGUACUAUGGGCACAAGCCGCUGCCCCAGCAGCACCAGCCAAUGCCACAAUUACCUCAUCUGCCCCUGGGCAAGGAAAUGCUGCCCCAGCAGCAGUAUCUGCUCAAGGAGAUGCCACACCUUCAGUAUGGCAAAGAGAUUCCCAUGAUCCCUCAGUACAGGAAGGAGAUACCACACGUGCACAUGCACAUGGGAAAGGAGAUGCCUCGCAAGGAAGACAAAGGUGAAACAGUUUCUAGAGGUGAGAAGGGUGCCCCAGGGGAUGCUGGCCCCCAGGGGCCUCCAGGACCUCCAGGUCCCCCAGGAGCACCAGGCCACGGCAUGCCAGGACCCCCAGGAAAGCCAGGUCCCCCUGGCCCACAAGGAUUUCCAGGAAUAGGCAAACCAGGGUUGCCAGGACUGCCAGGUAAACCAGGAGGAGUGGGACUGCCAGGACCAAAAGGUGAACUGGGUCCUGGUGGUGAAGUGGGGCCAGCUGGUUUGCCAGGGCCUCCAGGUCUACCUGGCCCUCCAGGGCUGCCAGGCCUGGGGAAACCUGGGGGUCAGGGCCUCCCUGGACAGCCAGGACCUCGAGGAGAGCCUGGUCACAAAGGCCCACCUGGACUACCUGGCCUGCCUGGACCCAAAGGUGACAAAGGGAAUGGUCAACCAGGACCAUCAGGCCCAAAGGGACCUGCUGGGCCUCCAGGUCCACCAGGACCAGCAGGACCACCUGGAGUGGGAAAGCCAGGCAUCAGUGGACCCCCAGGGGCGCCAGGAGAAGCAGGAAAACCAGGUCCCCCAGGAGAACCUGGCCUAAUAGGAGCACCCGGUGAGGGAGGAGAGCCCGGGCCACCAGGACCACCUGGUGUCGGUGAAGUAGGAAAGGAUGGCUUGCCAGGACAACCAGGGAAUCAGGGUGAAAAAGGAGAACAAGGUCCACCAGGAUUACCAGGAGCCCCUGGCUUACCUGGAAUUGGCAAACCAGGACUUCCUGGACCAAAAGGUGAAAAAGGACAGGGUGGUUUGCCAGGUCCCCCAGGCCCAAAGGGUGACAAAGGUCUUGGAGGCCCUCCUGGUGUGACUGGCCCCCCAGGAGAAAUUGGGGCCCCAGGUGCACCUGGUCCCAUGGGGCCACCAGGGGGUGUUGGUUUCCCAGGUCUAAAAGGUGAGGGUGGCGCUAUCGGAGAAAAAGGGGAAGCAGGUCCUAUGGGUGAGACGGGGCCUCCAGGGCUUCCAGGCCAGGCUGGGGUUCCUGGAGAAGAGGGCCAGCCUGGCCCACGUGGUCCCCCUGGGCCCAUAGGCCCCAAAGGAGAAGGCGGUGAGAAAGGUUUACCAGGUCCUUCUGGAGCACCGGGGUUGCCAGGUCUAAAGGGUGAAGCAGGAGUGCCAGGUGAACAAGGAGAACAAGGCCCCAAAGGCAUACCAGGAAUUGCGGGUCCUGGAGGGCCAAUCGGACCUCCUGGGCUUCCAGGACAAAAAGGUGAACUUGGGCCAUCUGGUCAACCUGGCCUUCCAGGUGUAGGUGAACAAGGGAUUCAAGGCCCAGAAGGACCCCCAGGAAAAUCAGGUCCUAUCGGGCCCCCUGGUCAAUCUGGACCACCUGGGCCACCUGGACCUCCAGGCCCACCUGGCCCCCCUCUUUUACCUCCUGAUAUGGGGCAGAUCCUGCCCGAAAUGGGCCCAGGUCUGGAUGGCGUGAAGGCCCCACCAGAGGGUUUUAAGAAAGGAAAGCAUGGAGGGGCAGUAAUGGGAAGUCAUGGCCUGGAGAUGCCUGCAUUCACAGCCCAGCUGACCACCCCAUUCCCUCCUGUAGGCACCCCAGUGGUGUUCGACAAGCUCCUGUACAAUGGUGGCCAGAACUACAACCCAGACACCGGAGUCUUCACCUGUGAAAUUCCUGGAAUUUAUUACUUUGCUUACCACAUCCACUGCAAGGGGGCCAAUGUGUGGGUGGCACUGUUCAGGAAUAAUGAGCCAGUGAUGUACACAUAUGAUGAGUACAAAAAGAGCUUCUUGGACCAGGCGUCCGGGAGUGCUGUGCUGCCCUUACAGCCAGGGGACACAGUGUACAUUCAGCUUCCAUCAGACCAGGCAGCAGGACUUUACGCUGGCCAAUAUGUCCACUCCUCUUUCUCUGGAUUUUUAUUGUACCCCAUGUAA